AUAUUGGGAAGCUUCUCUAUUAACGAAAGCCUCAAACUUUCGUUCAGAGUCGAACUCUCUCUCGCUCUUUCUGGUUUUCUAGAGAAGCUUAGAGGAGGCGCCAUUUUCGACAUGAGUAUAGCGGCCGGAGCUCCUUCUCGAGCGGAGGUGCUCACACUGUUCCGCUCUUUUCUUCGCGUGGCUCGCAAAUUCACAGACUACAACAUCAGAGAGUAUACGAAACGCAGAACCAUCGACGCGUUUCGUCAGAAUCGGAACCUCACGGACCCAUCUGCCAUUUCCGCUGCGUUUUCAGAUGGCAAGGCUCAGUUCGAGGUCGCCAAUCGGCAGGCUGUUGUUUACUCUCUCUACGCUCCAAAGCUCAAGAGCGUCAUGGAGGUUCAGAAGUAAAUCAAGCACUAGAAUUGGUUCGUCUCCAGGUUCGCGGCCUUUUCACUUAUGUCGAUGCACGAUUUCAGGGAACUUUGUAACGCUGUAGCUCAUUGAAGACCUGAGGGUUUAAACUUUGUAUGUUAAGCCUUUGAGUUUGAAGACCGGAGUUAUUGAGGUGUAAUUAGUUAUGGAAAUUGAGUUCAGUUGAUGAAUAUUUGUUUGCAUUUUUUAUAAUAAAGAAGAACUUUGUGACCUCCUCUUUUGGUACGCAUUCGUAAAGCUUAAAUUUAAUAACAUCAAUGAUUAUGCA